AUGCACUAGGAUAAAUCAAAGUUAGUUUUUGAUAACUUGUUCGAUCGUAAAUUUGAGUUAAAGUCUAUAAAAAAUUCAGAAUACGUCGAUAUACUCCCAGAUGAUUGCUAAAUAUUUUCUGAACUCAAAUUCUCAUACAAUAAGAAUUAUCAAACUGAUAAGGAGACUGUAGUUUAUAUGGGGCUCUUUGAAGGGAAACUAAUAAUUUUUAAAGAACUUGAAAAUACAUACUUAGAAUAUAGAGCUGAUGAGUAUUUGGAUAUAGAUUUUUGCUAUAUGAAUGUCUACUACAAUAACCAUUCGUAAAUUAAGGAUGAAAUAGAGAAGAUAACUCUCUAGAGAAAUAAGUCUACAUUUUAAGUUUAUAAUAAUGAUUCAAGCGAAUUAAAAAUAUGGAUAAGAUUUCUUAACCAUUACGUUGUAAGAAUCGACAAACCUCAUCAAUACUAAAUUUUGAAUGCUUUAGGAAGUGGGGCUAACGCCGAAGUAUUCAAAGUGGAAAAGCUAUAAUCCAAUAAUUUUAAAAGUAAAAAAGAUAAAAUCAAACUUUACGCUCUCAAAGUAACUAAUAAAAGAUCUUUCGAUGAUUUGUCAAGACUCACUAUGUUGAUGAAAGAUGAAAUAAGUGUUCAUCGAGCCUUAAGACAGUGCUAGAGCGCUCUUUAACUCAAAAAAGUCUAUGAGAGUAAUAAGAAAAUCUAUAUGCUCGUAGAAUAUCAAGAAGGUGGCACUUUGUUUGACUUAAUAAAGGAUAAUAUAUAGUUAUAGGAAAAGGAUCUAUAAACAAUAAUCGCUUAACUUCUGCUAGGUUUAGAUUUUAUGCAUUCAAAGAAUUUAAUCCAUAGAGAUAUCAAACUUGACAAUAUACUGCUAAAUUCUAAUUAAGAGGGUGUAUAUGAGAUAAGAUUAGCUGAUUUUGGAUUAGCGAAGUAACUAUAACCAAAUGAAUUUAUAUACCAUAAGUGCGGAACUCCCACCUAUAUAGCACCCGAGAUAUUGAGAGAUAAAGGUUACAGCGUUAAAGCGGACAUUUUUAGCCUGGGCUCAGUAAUGUUUAACUUAGUAUCCGGUUAGUAUCUAUUUCCUCACAAUUAAUAAUACAAUCUCCUGCUUGCCAAUAAAGAAUGCGAUAUUAGGCAUGUGCCCUCUUAAAUUAAAUAGAUAUCAGCAGAGGGAUAAGAUCUCCUAAUGAAAUUGAUAGAGCCAAAUCCAGCAAAAAGAUUGGAUGCUAAGUAGGCUCUAAAUCAUCCAUGGUUUAAAAAAGAUAAGGAAGCGCUUCAGGAAGCUCUUAAGAUAAAUUCAGAACUUAGCAGUAUGACUUUAUAGAAAAGAUCUUUCAUCAAUUCUUCCUUCUUCAGAGAUACUAAGGAAAUCACAAAAAAUGAAACUGAGGAUUUCAACUCAAGAUAGCUUAGAAAUCAUGGAACUUCUGGAUUAAUAAGUUAAAGUUCAUUCUUUUAAAAUAAAUCAAGAUUUGGAAGUCAAAGUAGGAAUGGCUCAAAAGACUCUAAAGAGAGUGUCAAUUACUAUAGUUUAUUAUAGGCUCAUAGAAACAGACCAACCUCGUAGAGACCAGCUCAGAAAGUAAGAUCCAAGUUCUCAGAGAUGUAAUUUAGUAACAAAAGUUAAGAAUCUAAUAGAUCUAGCUAAAAAAAGUUGAGAAGAAAUAGAAGUUAUUUUGCAGAGGAGGAAAAAAAUAGAGAAUUAGUAGUCUAGAAAAAGAAGAGUCAGUUUAUGAGGGCUAUUGAUGAUAGUAACAUGCAAAAGUUGGUUGCUUAAAAUAAUCAAGUUAUAGAUCUUUAGGUCUCACAUGCUUCAGGCUCUGAGAAUUCAAUUCAUGAUCUAAAAGAUAAAAAUUUGCUUGAUGAAUGGAAUGUCUCGGACUAUGAUGCAGAUGAAUAGAUAGAAUAAACUAGAGAAAUUACUGAAAUAAGUGAUACUAUCGGGUCUUCAAGAAGUAAAAAGUUUUUAUAGAACAAAUCAGCCACUUAGGUUCGUAGAAUAUUUUUUGAUAGUAACAAUAUUCAAGAAUGA